AGCAUACACACUUACACAGGCGACAAGGUUGGAAAUUAUAAUUUGUCAUUUUAACUAAUUGAAAAAGAAAAAGCAAAAUCAAAUUCAGGACGCUUCUGAGGACGUCGUUUCUUUAUAUGGUUGCAAGAGUUUCUUGUUUCUUGUUCAGCACUCCUUGAGCUAAAGAUUUCAGAAGUAAAUUGUUCAGUAAAUUAUUCAGCUUUUCACCGACUCUCAGAUUCCGGCAAUGAGCGAAGGAGAAGACGUGGUGCGACGCCGCAACGCGGUGGCAGAAUACCGGAGAAAGCUUCUCCAGCACAAAGAACUCGAAUCCAGAAUCCGAACCGUCAGGGAGAAUUUAAGAGCAUCAAAGAAAGAAUACAACAAAACAGAGGAUGAUUUGAAGUCGCUUCAGAGCGUUGGACAGAUUAUCGGCGAAGUUCUUCGCUCUCUCGACCAAGAACGAAUGAUUGUAAAAGCAAGCAGUGGCCCCAGGUAUGUUGUUGGGUACCGUAAUAAACUUGACAAGGAAACACUGACCUCUGGAACAAGAGUGGUUCUUGACAUGACAACUCUCACAAUCAUGCGUGCCCUCCCGCGUGAGGUUGAUCCAGUUGUUUAUAACAUGCUCCAUGAAGAUCCGGGAAAUAUUAGUUACUCUGCUGUAGGUGGUUUGUCAGAUCAAAUUCGUGAACUUAGGGAAUCCAUUGAGCUACCUCUUAUGAAUCCUGAGCUGUUCCUCAGAGUUGGAAUCAAACCUCCCAAGGGUGUUCUGCUCUACGGCCCCCCUGGUACUGGCAAGACUUUGUUAGCUAGAGCCAUUGCUAGUAAUAUUGAUGCCAACUUUUUGAAGAUCGUAUCUAGUGCCAUUAUUGAUAAGUAUAUUGGUGAAAGUGCAAGAUUGAUAAGGGAGAUGUUCAAUUAUGCACGCGAUCAUCAGCCCUGCAUAAUCUUUAUGGAUGAGAUUGAUGCAAUCGGUGGACGACGUUUUAGUGAGGGAACAAGUGCUGACCGGGAAAUUCAAAGAACACUGAUGGAGUUACUCAAUCAGCUUGAUGGGUUUGAUCAGCUUGGCAAGGUAAAAAUGAUUAUGGCAACAAACCGGCCUGAUGUUCUUGAUCCUGCACUUCUUCGUCCGGGUCGUCUAGACAGGAAGAUAGAAAUACCAUUGCCAAAUGAGCAGUCGAGGAUGGAUAUUCUCAAAAUUCAUGCUGCUGGAAUUGCAAAACAUGGUGAGAUUGAUUAUGAAGCUGUCGUUAAGCUCGCAGAGGGCUUCAAUGGAGCUGACCUCCGUAAUGUAUGUACUGAGGCUGGCAUGUCAGCUAUUCGUGCAGAAAGAGAUUAUGUUAUACAUGAAGAUUUUAUGAAGGCUGUUCGUAAACUGAAUGAAGCAAAGAAACUUGAAUCAAGUGCACAUUACAGUGCUGAUUUUGGAAAAGACUAGGAUGGAUGUCUAUUAGUCUCAAAAGGCAUUAAUAUUUGGAUGUGCACCUUCCCUUUGCAAUACUUGCUCGAUAUUUUCGUCUGAUGUUUCUGUGUGUGCGGAAUGUGCUAUUCAAUGCCAUCUAGCACGGAAUGACUCAGGCGCCAAAGUUCUCCUGUCUAGUCUGUGCUGCAUCAGUUUCACUUUUUUUUCCCCCUUCCCUUCUGCUGAACUGUCAAUGGUAAUGAAGUUAACAGAAUUUUAUGGAAGUUCUUCAAUCUCUACUGUGUAAUAUGCUUUUUUGUUUGCUUUUGAUGUGGGUGAUUGUUCCCUGCAUGCAUAUGGCGUGAGAUGGAGGCGAACAAGCCAGGAAUCUUGAAUGUGCAUCCAAAUCAAGUUGGAGGGAUGAAGAUAGUGAAAGUACUUCAAGGCGUAUUAAAGUUGGGCAGGAGGUUACACAUCAAUGCUAAAUACUUAUUGGCACAAAAAAAAUUUUAGUUGCUGGGUAAUGAAAAUUGAAAUAUCUGUCAAGGGACAGUUGUAGGUUUAGUACUCCCAAAUGCUUACUACCUCUGCCCUGUAUUAUUCCAAGGUUUUUGCACACCCCAUAAGAAAGUAAUUUUAUAGUCUUAAUCAUAGUAGUAUUUGCCUAA